AUGGAAUUUUGGCCAGAGUUUCUCGCGAGCAGCACCGGAAAAGAGUUCGUAGCAGGAGGAUUUGGAGGCACUGCAGGCAUAAUCUCUGGUUACCCAUUAGACACGCUCCGUGUGAUGCAGCAGAACUCCUUCAACACUCGCUCUGCCUUCACCAUCCUCAGAAAUGUGGUGGCCAAGGAAGGACCAACCGCUCUGUACCGCGGCAUGGCUGCACCUCUGGCCUCUGUUACCUUUCAGAAUGCUAUGGUUUUCCAAAUUUACGCAAUUCUUUCGAGGGCAUUUAGUUCGUCCGUUUCGGUGAACGACCCUCCUUCUUACAAGGGUGUGGCUUUAGGAGGAUUUUGCAGCGGUGCUAUACAGAGUAUGUUGCUGUCCCCUGUUGAGUUAGUAAAAAUUCGGCUUCAGCUGCAGAACACAGGUGAAUCCAUAGAAACCCAAAAAGGUCCUAUGAGGGUGGCCAAAAACAUAUGGAAAAUAGAGGGCCUUCGCGGCAUUUAUCGAGGCCUUGGCAUCACCAUGCUAAGAGAUGCACCUGCACAUGGGCUUUACUUUUGGACAUAUGAAUAUGCAAGGGAGAAACUUCACCCAGGUUGUAGAAGAAGCUGUAAAGAGAGCUUGAAUACUAUGCUGGUAUCAGGAGGAUUAGCUGGGGUAGUGAGUUGGGUUUUCAGCUACCCUUUAGACGUUAUCAAGACAAGAUUGCAGGCUCAAACACUUUCUUCACAAAAAUACAGAGGCAUUUUGGAUUGCCUUGGGAAGAGUGUUAGAGAAGAAGGAUAUGUGGUGCUGUGGAGGGGUUUAGGAACUGCAGUUGCCAGAGCGUUUGUGGUGAACGGUGCUAUAUUUUCUGCUUAUGAGAUCACUCUAAGAGAGGCAAAACAAAGAUGCACGAAAAGAAAGAAGAGGCCGGAAAGACUGGGCCCAAACAAAAGCACGGUGCCGCGCCGCAAAUUGUUACGCAGGGUUGCCAUCACCAAGCAAACCCGACCCGUAAAGGAUGCCACGUGGCAGAGCCUUUCAAAAGGACGUACGCAGAAGACCACAAGUUUUGAAUGUGAAGCCAAGCGCGCAACGAUAAAUGGACACAAAACAGUGGCAGUCCCCACCCAUGUGGGACGGGACAAGUUCAAAAAACCACGGGACCUACCCCCCACCCUACGACGUCGUUUCACUGCCUAG